CGUGCUCGUAGAGUUUCACCCCAGUCCCCUAGGUGGCACUCGCGCAUUUUAACAAGUUGAAUGAAACCGGAGCCAAACAAAAAUGGCGGAAGGAGACCCUACACAGUGAUUAAGAACGAUGACCUACAAAUAUGUCUGCAGUUGGUUUAAAGUUGGUGAUCAACCAUGGAGCCCGAGCUGUGUUGGGUGUUGGCCCUUGCAUACAGACACUGUCAACAUCAUGGAUGUUUAAAUGCAGUUCUUCCUGGAGCUGGUCUUCUUACUCCACAGCAGCUGACACAGAACAGACUCCUUCAACACAGAAGAAAAAACAGAAACCCAAAGCUCCUGCCAAAAUCAGCAGCGUUGGCCGCAAGAUUCCAUAUCAGCACAUUGAGUUGAUAGAUGAGAUGGGUGAAAAUAUGGGCACUAUGCACCGGGUAAAUGUGAUCAGAAUCAUGAAUGAUCGCGGACUUAAGCUAGUGUUGCACAAUGAAAACAAAGAUCCGCCCAUUUACAAGCUGAUGACUGGCAAGCAGCUGUACGAGGAGCAAGUGAAACAGCGAGAAAAAGACAAAGAAAAAACAAAGCAAGCUACUGUGCAGGUGAAAGGGCUCUCCUUUUCCCCUGGCAUUGCAUCUCAUGACCUCAGCAUUAAGCUGAAACAAGUAGAAGGUUGGCUGGAGAAGAAGCACCAUGUGCGGAUAACUUUGCGGCCAGGAUACCGUGAAUCCAAAGACAACCUGGACACAAAAUUGGAGCAGAUGGUGCAACAGAUAGGCACCAUGUUUGGAUUCGUUGCGAAACCAACCGUGCAAGGUGAAGGCAAAUCAGCCAUGUGUGUCCUACGUCCUCCUUCGGCAAAGGAGAUGGCACUAAAAAGAAAGGAUCCCUCGUCGUCACCGCAGUCUGCCAGUGAAAAGACCACUGAGAAAAGUGACAAAGCAGUCAGCAGUGGGGACGCCACGGAUGAGUCUCCACAGCAUUAGAAAUAGGCGUGCAGCUGAAUUUCAACCAACCAACUUGUCAACAUGAUUUCUACUAAUGGAUGAGAACAUGAUAAUGGAUCAUUGUGGGGGUUCGUCUCUGAAGAUCAUCCUGCUCACAAAGCAAGAACACAGUGUGAAGAUGAACGAGAGAU